GCUGCCUCAGCUUAAUUAUAGCCUUCCUCCUCCUCCUUUCCUCCCUCUCGAGGCCCAGGUGUUCGUCCGUGUCCUCUUCUCCACUCCACACACGCACACGCACAAGCCAAGCAGCAAGCAGCGGCGCCGAUGAGAGGAGGAGUAGCUGGGCCCACCGCCGGCGAGCCGCCGGGGACGGAGGCGGAGGCGGAGGAGGUGGAGGAGAGCUCAGCUGGGGACGACGAGGAGCUGGAGCUCGGGCUCAGCCUUGGCUCCAAGAAACAGCAGCAGCAGCAGCAUGCGCCGUGCCGAAUCCUGACGGCCAGGGACCUGCAGCCGGCGGCGGCGCUGUCACCGGACUCCUCCGUGUCGUCGUCAUCCCCCGCGGCGGCGGCGGCGGCGGGGGGGAAGAGGGCUGAGGGCCCCACCGCCACCACCUCGCCUGGGACGGUUGCUUCCGGCCAUCCACACAGCAGCUUUGGAGUGGUGGGAUGGCCACCGAUCCGACAGUUCAGGAUGAACAGCCUGUUCAAUCAGGCUAAAGAAAACACAUCUGAAACCGACACCAAGAAGACCGCCACCAAUGAAUCUGAUGUGCAGAAGGACAAGGAGGAGGGCGAAAAGAAAGGACGGGUUGCUGGAUGGGUGAAGGUGAACAUGGAUGGAGAGGUCAUUGGAAGGAAGGUGGAUCUCAAUGCGCACCGCUCAUACAAGACCCUUGCAUUAGCCCUUGAACUCAUGUUCACGAAGCCGUCCAUUGGCCUUUGCGCUUCUCAUAAUACAAACUCGCUGAAACUACUAGACAACUCUGCCGAAUACCAGCUCACCUACGAGGACAGGGAUGGUGACUGGAUGCUCGUUGGAGAUGUUCCUUGGGAAAUGUUUGUCAGCUCUGUGAAGAGGUUGAGGAUCAUGAGGACAUCAGAUGCGAAUGGUCUUGGUCAGCGAUACCAGGGAAUUCACAGAACCAUUGCUUCAACAAGAGGCAGAUCCUGAGAGCGUGUGACAAGGAAAAGAGCUAUACCGCUGGUGAAGCUUGGAGCGUGCUUGAUGGUUAAUUACUUGUCCAGUUAAAAUAGCAGAAGGCUAGUAAGAAAGAGCCACAGGGCUCACCCGGUUCUGUUAUAUUUUUGCCUUUGUGGUGCCUGUUUUUGUUUGCACUGUCGAUCUGCAAGAGCAUAUGGUCGCCUUGCUCUGCUUGCAUGUACAAGUAUGUCUUUCUAGUAGUUUUUAUGGUGUUUGAUGAUGAUCCUUGUGCCUACCUGAUUACUACUGACUCUUGCACAGCCUCACAAAUCUCUAUGAAUUAGCCCUGGAGUUUCAUUGAUUAA